AUGACCAAUGACAGGUCUUCCAGAGGCCCCGCCCCCGGAGCAUCGCAAGUGUCCAAACCCGGGGAGCCCUGUCCUGGUUGGGGGGUUGCAUUAAUGCGAAACCCGCAGCUGGACACCAAGAUGCCUGACGAACAGCAGACGCUGAAGGAGGAGGAGAUGCAAGAGGAGAUGGUGCUGCUGGUGAAGGAUGAGGAGGAGGGCCAGGAGAAGUAUGAGGUGCUGAAGCUCAAGAUCCCCGUGGACAAGAAGGAGGUGAGGAAACUGAGGCCCAGGAAGCUUGACAGUUUGGCUAAUCUGAGACCAGUGCGAGUGAGGGGUGAGAUCGCAAGCAAGGCCUCCGCGCAGCCCGCCGACCCCGCGCGCCCACACGCCUGCCCGGACUGCGGCCGUGCCUUCGCGCGCCGCUCCACGCUGGCCAAGCACGCGCGCACGCACACGGGCGAGCGGCCCUACGAAUGCGCCGAGUGCGGCCGCGGCUUCUCGCAGAAGUCGGCGCUGACCAAGCACGGCCGCACGCACACCGGCGAGCGGCCCUUCGUGUGCACCGAGUGCGGCCAGCGCUUUUCCCAGAAGUCGGCGCUGACCAAGCACGGCCGCAUGCACUCGGGCGAGCGGCCCUACAAGUGCCCGGAGUGCGACAAGACCUUCUCCGCCGCCUCCAACCUGCAGCAGCACCGGCGGAGCCACACCGGCGAGAAGCCCUACGUGUGCACGCAGUGCGGCCGCGGCUUCUCCCAGAGCUCCAACUACGCGCAGCACCUGCGCGUGCACACGGGCGAGAAGCCCUACACCUGCCCCGACUGCGGGCGCGCCUUCGGCGGCAGCUCGUGCCUGGCGCGCCACCGGCGCACGCACACGGGGGAGCGGCCGUACGUCUGCGCCGAGUGCGGCACGCGCUUCGCGCAGAGCUCGGCGCUGGCCAAGCACCGGCGCGUGCACACGGGCGAGAAGCCGCACCGCUGUACCGUGUGCGGCCGCCGUUUCGGCCACCGGUCCAACCUGGCGGAGCACUCGCGCACGCACACGGGCGAGCGGCCCUACCCCUGCAGCGAGUGCGGCCGGCGCUUCCGCCUCAGCUCGCACUGCGUCCGCCACCGCCGUUCCCACCUUCUAAAACGUCUCUACAUGUGCACCGUGUGCGGCCAGGACUUCCAGCUGCCCCCGGGCACCUCGGCCGCCACCGUCUCCGAGCGCUGCCCCGAGUGCGAGAGCAGAUGA